AUGUUGAGGUACUACCGCUCUGAUCCCACGCAUAUUGUUCCUAUUGAGGAAAUUGAGGUUCGACCAAAUCUAACCUUCGAGGAGGAGCCGGUUCAGAUUUUGGAUCGCGACGUUAAGGUUUUGAGAAGGAAAUCCAUUCCUUUGGUGAAGGUGCUGUGGCGAAAUCAUAGCACUGAGAAGGCUACGUGGGAGCCUGAGGAUGCAUUAGGUGAGGUUCUGAGCAAUGAUUUUCGUAUCGUGGGUGUUAACGAUGUUUGCAAAGGACCUUUGUCGGCGGAGAAAUGCACCGAUGCUAGUGUGAGACUAUUGUGCAAAGAUAGUGAGAGAAAAGCGCUACUUGAAUUUAAGCACAGCCUUCAAGCUGUGAAUUCGUCAGGCAACGACGCUCUUUCUUCAUGGAAAAGUGAGGACUGCUGUAUUUGGCUGGGCCUUAAUUGCAACGGCCUUAAAGGAUAUGUUGAAAUGAUCGAUUUUAGCGACCGAUUAUGGGUUAUAGCAGGUACAAUUAGCCCUUCACUGCUUAAACUACAUCAUUUGAUUUCUUUAAAAUUCAACAGGAAUGAUUUUAAUGGAAGUCUCAUCCCAGAGUUUUUUGGUUCUUUGAAAAAAUUGAAAAUACUGGAUCUCUCCAAUGCUAAUUUUAGAGGUCCAAUUCCUUCUCUACUUGGAAAUCUUUCAAUGUUGGAGACUCUUAGAUUAGGUGGCAACGGUGGAGACAUGACCUCUCGCCAUAAGUUCAAGAAAAUGUAUAGUGUUGGAAAACUUGAGUGGCUUUCCCAUCUUUCUCCUUUGAAAGAGGUUGAUCUCAGUUUCACUAACCUGAGCAAUGCCAAUGAUUGGUCUCUGAUCAUUAACCAUCUUCCUUUGCUUCAAAAACUAAAUCUGAGAGAUUGUGAUCUUCCAAGCAUCUCAUCUUCUUCUGUUUCCCUUAUCAACUCUUCUACAUCUCUCAACACUCUAGAUCUCUCUGAUAAUAAUCUCCCUUCUUCUGCCAUAUAUCCAUGGUUGUUUAAUGUUAGCAGCAACCUUGUUUCACUUGACCUCUCAAGUAACCAGCUAAAAGGUCCAAUUCCAGACGCUUUCGGGAACAUGAUGGCUAUUCAAGAACUUUAUCUGCGUGAUAAUCUUUUUAUAUUAGCUGAAAAUCAAGUUAGGGGCGAUUCUGGGUUGAAUGAAAUUGGAAAACUACUAGAUUUUAGGGUUCUAGAUCUUGGGUACAACCUUCUAAAUGGAUCCAUAAGCAAAAGCCUUGGGCCACUAAUUUCCAACCUACAAGUCUUGCGGCUUGCAGGGAAUUCUUUUGAUGGUGAUGUGAUUUCCGAAGCUUAUUUCUCUAAUUUAUCCUAUUCACAGGUGUUGGAUUUAUCCUACACUUCUUUGACUUUAAAAUUCAACACCGGAUGGAUUCCUCCGUUUCAACUGAGUGAAAUAAAGCUUUGCUCUUGCAAGUUAGGGCCUCAUUUCCCAGAUUGGUUUCGGACUCAAAUGCACUUCCUAACGAUUUUGGAAUACCUUGAUAUUUCUGAUUCAGGAAUUUCGGAUUCUCUUCCCUACUGGUUUUGGGACAAAUUUCGGGGAUACUCGUACAUCAAUCAGAUCAGUGGUACUUUUCCAAAUAAAUCUAUGCACACAGGCCAUCUAGAUCUAAGCUCUAAUAAUUUCUCAGGACCAUUGCCAUGUUUUUCUUUAGACAUUGCAAAAAUGGGGACCAUUAACCUUUCCAAAAACAAGUUUACUGGCUCAGUUUCUCCAAUUUGCAAUAUUAUCGGUGAAGCUUUGAAUUUGGGUGAUAAUGGUUUCUCCGGCUCACUUCCAAGCUCCUUAGGAUGUCUGAUUUCUCUUGAAAUGCUCAGUUUACGCAGUAAUAAAUUCUCGGGAGAAUUACCUUCAUCUUUACAGAAUUGUACCAAGUUAAAAUUUCUGGACUUGAGUGAUAAUGAAUUCUCAGGAGAAAUACCUAUGUGGAUCGGUCAGAAACUUUCAUCGUUGGUUAGAUAUGUUGAUGAGGCAUUGCUUACAUGGAAAGGAACAAAACAAAGCUAUCCACAACUUGGAUUGCUACUAGCCAUUGAUCUCUCUUGUAACAAAUUAACAGGAGAGAUUCCUGAAGAAUUAAGUAGUCUUCAAGAACUGGUUGCAUUGAAGUUGUCAAGAAACCUUUUGAACGGAAAAAUUCUUCAAAAGAUUGGGCAUAUAAGACAACUAGAGGUGCUUGACCUGUCAAGAAACAAGUUUUCAGGAAACAUCCCGAUAAGCUUGUCUGAAUUAACAUUUCUAAGUAACUUGAACUUGUCUUAUAAUGACUUGUCUGGAAAAAUUCCAACCAGCACCCAACUACAGAGCUUUGAUCCUUCGUCAUUUUCCCAUAAUAGAGGAAUUUGUGGUCCCCCUAUUUCACCAAAUUGCUCAAUAGGUGAACCACCACCUGGCAAACCUGCAGUAGGAAGUGAAGAAGAUUCUGAUGAGUUCAUGAAAUGGUUUUACAUUGGAAUGGGACUUGGAUUUGUUGUGGGUUUCUGGGGGUUUUGCAGUGUUGUGUUCCUCAAGCGUUCAUGGAGAGGAGUUUGUGGUCCUCCGAUUUCAUUGAAUUGCUUAAUGGUGGAACCACCUCUCGGAAAACCUGCAAUAGAAGGUGAAGAAGGUUUUGAUGUCAGGGUAUUAAUUCAGCUUUUGAUGUACUUAUUCUGUGGAGCAAAAGUCCCUGUUUAA